ACCUACUGGUGCUGCAGGUGCCAGCACAGGCACUGCUGGAUGGGGACACCUUGACACUGUGCUGCCAGUGCUGGCAGGAAAACCAUCUCACCAGGGUGCGAUUUGACCGGGACGAGAAGGAUCUUGGGAUGUUCCUAAAGGGGACUGAGCUGUCCCUUUCACCUCUGCAGCUGCCCCACAGUGGCCGCUACAGAUGUGAGGGCUUCGUGGGGUCCUGGCAGUCACGAUCAGCAGCAGUGACAGUGACAGUGCAUGAGCUCUUCUUGGUCCCAGUGCUGGAGGGUCCCCGCGAGCUCACUGAGGGGUCCCCCCUGACCCUCAGCUGCCUCAGCGCCCCCAGCCCCCUGCGGCCCCGAGCCCCCCUCCUGCACAUGUUCUACCGGGACAGGCAGGUGGUGGGGGACCCACAGGGGUCCCCGCAGCUGCUGGUGCCCGCUGUGAGGGUCUCCCACUCGGGGAAUUAUGGCUGUGAGGUGCACUCCCAGAAGGGGUCCGUGCAGAAGAGCAGCAACCGGCUCCUCAUCACAGUGUGCAGGGUCCCGCCCUCGGGGGUGUCCCUGUCAGUGCAGCCCCCCAGGGGACAGGUUGCACUUGGGGACCGCCUGGUGCUGAGCUGUGCGGUGGUCAUAGAGACAGGUCCCCUGUCCUUCUCCUGGCACCGGGAGGGCUCAGGGGCACUGCUGGGCACCGGCCCGCACCUGGAGCUGCGCCACGUUGAGGACAAUGACAGCGGCCAGUACUGGUGCUGGGUCAGUGACGGGGGCAGUGUGGCUGAGAGUGACCCCCUGAAUGCCACCGUCCUGGUGCCCGUGGCCAAUGCCACCAUCACUCCCAGUCCCCUGUCACACCAGCUGCGUGCAGGUGACAACGUUACCCUGCGCUGCUCGGUGCAGGUGGGCUCAGCCCCUGUCACCUUCACCUGGCUGCACAAUGGGCAGGAGGUGGCCUGGGGUCCCCUCCUGGAGCUCAGGGACAUGGAUGUGGGACAUUCAGGCACCUACCAGUGAGUGGCCACCAACCAGCUGGGACAGGACGGGCACCAUGUGUUCCAGGCACUCAGCCCAGAGCUGGCCCUGGAGGUGACACCUGGCUCGCCCUGGGUCACAGCAGUGGCUGUGAAUGUCGGCAGGACCCUCGUGUUCCUGCUCCUGCUCCUGGCUGUCAUCGGGGGCUGUCACUGGUGGCACCGCCAGGCUCUCAGGAAAUCCCAGGACAGGUCAGUGGGGAGCUCAAGCCAUGGCUCUCCUUGA